CAGGCAGCCAGAAGCAGCAGCAGCGCACGUGAAAAAAAACAGCCAGUUGACACAAAAUGGAUAUCACGGAGGUUCCCGUGAGUGAUGACAAGAAAGGCAAGAAAAAGAAGAAUAAGAAUUCAAACAAGAAGAGUGUGCGUGAGGAGGGGAAUGGAGAAGGCGCUGGAGCGGAGGAGAAAGAGGAAAAGAUGGAGAAGAGUGAUGCAGCGGCUGCCUUCCCCCCCACUUUCAGUGUGUCCGAAAUUAAGAACAAGCAGCGAAGACACCUCAUGUUCAUGAAACUCAAGCAGGAGAAAAGAAAGCAAAAGAUGCAGCUGAGGAAGAAGAAGAAAAAAGAAAGGGAAGCUUUAGGUGACAAGGCACCACCAAAAGAGGUCCCAAAGACAAUAGAGAACCAGAGGGUGUAUGACGAGACAACAGUUGACCCAGAAGAUGAAGAGGUUGCAUUCGACGAGGCAACUGAUGAAUUUUCUGCCUAUUUCAAUGGGCUCACGAACCCAAAAGUGCUCAUCACAACAUCAGACAGACCCAGAGGGAGGACGGUGAGGUUUUGUGAGCAGCUGGCCACAGUAAUCCCAAAUGCCCACGUGUAUUACAGAAGAGGUUUGGCCCUGAAGAGGGUCAUUCCCCAAUGCGUCGCCAGGAACUUCACAUACCUCAUUGUCAUCAACGAGGAUCGCAAAGUGCCCAAUGGUAUGGUUCUUUGUCACCUACCUGACGGGCCGACUGCACACUUCAAGGUCAGCAGUGUUCGACUACGGAAGGAGAUAAAGAGACGGGGUAAAGGUCCCACAGAGCACUCACCAGAGGUGAUCCUGAACAACUUCUCCACACGUCUGGGCCACAGCAUCGGCCGGCUCUUCGCUGCUCUCUUUCCGCAAGACCCCCAGUUUGUGGGUCGACAGGUCGCCACCUUCCACAACCAGAGAGACUUCAUCUUUUUCAGAUUCCACAGGUACAUCUUCAAGAAUGAGAAGAAAGUUGGCAUUCAGGAGCUGGGACCACGCUUCACCCUUAAACUCCGCUCUCUACAGAAAGGCACCUUCGACUCAAAGUUUGGAGAGUAUGAGUGGGUCCUGAAGCGCCAUGAGAUGGAUGCCUGCAGACGGAAGUUCCAGCUUUGAGUACAUAACAGCGUUCCUUUGUGGUCAGAAAAAGGAUGACUUUGAUUAUUAAAAUAUUACAGCUAUUUGUGGACUUACACAAAUGGACUUUACAGUGGAUGUUGCAGAUUCUUUGUGGAUGACCAGUAGCAACAGUUAUCACUUGUCCUUUCAGCACAAUUAGAGGCUCAACACUGACGACUGGAUUUUAUAAGAUCACGUCGCUGUGGAUUCAGUCUCUUCCUGAAAAACAGCUGCAUCUGCAAAGUCUUCUGAAGACCAACUGGCAAUGACUUCUACCCUGUCUGUUAGUUGGCAGACACCAGAGGAGAGACAUGCAGACACUCUAUUUGAACCCCAGUUACCUGAAAACCUGCAUUUUUAUAUGGAAAUUGUAUUGGCACGUGUGGUUCCUAUGAAAUGAAUCCACACAAACUGUAUGAAUGUGGCCCGAAUUACAUCAGAAAUUCAGACUGUGCGUUCUCUAUACAUGUCACAUGCGAGCCUGCCCUGGUCACAUACACUUGUUGCAUCCUUGUUUAUGCAAAUGACAUAAGGAACAGUGAAUGAAAUGCAACAUUAACAGUGACAGGACUGUGAAAAUAAUUACAGAUGACACACUGAACGCAUUUCACAGAUUUCUAAAUGUG